AUGACAGUGCAAAUAUUUUUAUUUUGCUUUAUAGUGACCUCUGUUACUAUGCCGCCAUUGCCUCCGCCAGUAGUUAUUCAUAAUCUCGUUGAAAAAAAGUUGCCAUUAGUGGAACAUGAUAAACCAAAAGUUGUUGCUCAUAGAGCCGAUCCAAAACCGACUCCAUCACUACAUCCUGAGAAAUCUCGCGAGAUUAAUGCUAAACCAUGCAAGCGUCACAGACCUGACUCAUGCUCACAAAAUAUAUGUAAACAGUAUUCGAUCAAUCUCAAAAUGAAUAAAGCUUAUUUUAAUUUUCGUUAUAAUAAAUGUUUUUGUUCUCAAUGUUAUCCUAUUACAAAAGCUGAUUACUUCACCGUAGCUGGUUCCAUCUAUACUGUUCCACGACAUUGGACACGCUUUGGAUUACAAAUUGAUCAGACAUUUGCCGAAAGUAAACAAAUAUUUAAACAAUGGUAUACGACAUUCUAUGGAACAUCAAAAGAUAAACUUGAAUCAAUUAUUAAUAAUCGUUUUGUUCCUAUGCCAGGCGAUCAUCUUCUAUCGAAUGAAAUAUUUACAACACAUCUUUCUGAUAAGCAUCAUGUUUAUACAUCUCCAUCAAUUAAAUAUGCUUGUCUUAAACAUGUAUGUCCUAUCGAUAUCUUGAAUAUUCAUAGUGAAUGGUAUGAUGUUCAGAUUGUUCUUGAAUGUAAACAAAACCCUGAAGGAAUUGUGAAACAACAUGGAUAUCGACAAAAUGUUUGUAAUAUAAUACCUGAUAAUGAAAUCGAAUGGAAAACAGAUCGAAGAGCAUCGAUCAUACCAUAUGGACUUCUUAUUCACGUCCAGAAACAUCGAUGUACCAAAGAAUGUAUAAAUAUACACUCAUAA